AUUCAGACAAAUCUCAAAUUAGAGCUAACUAAACAAGGUAUUCAUUCCCUGAUCCCUUCACUCAACGUCCCCUAAUCCUCUAUUCCCUUUACUCGUCAUAAUAAAGAUCCCAGUCGAUCGAUUGCUUGCCUCUCCAUUCAUUCUACCCAUGCACUUACUUACUUGACAUUGAAUUCCCGGCUGAAGCUAGGCAGCCCCUUGUGUCUCCUCUCCAUCCUCUUUCUGGGGAGUUACUUCUAUCUCACACGGCACAUAUCUCCGCUUCUGGGAUCUCAUCAAAGUGGACUCGAUACCGUAUCAGACAACCCCAAACCCGGUACUGAAGCCGACCUCGACCCUGAGCUCAACCAGCACGAUUCAUCCGCCAUGGCCUCCAUCUACCGCAAAUCCAAUCCUCUAGUCUUCCCCGCCGCUGGUCGGCACACGGCUACCGUCAUUUUCGCCCAUGGCCUCGGUGACACAGGUCAUGGCUGGGCCAGCGCCGUCGAGAACUGGAGACGCCGUCAGCGCCUCGAUGAGGUCAAAUUCAUCCUUCCCCAUGCCCCCACUAUUCCCAUUACUGCGAACUGGGGCGCCGUCAUGCCCGGCUGGUUUGACAUUAAAGCCCUAGACGGCACCGUCGAAGCCAUCCGCGCCAACGAAGACGAGCCCGGCGUGCGCCAGUCGGCCCAGUACUUCCACGAGCUCAUCCAGGCCGAGAUCGACGCCGGCAUCCCCUCCGACCGCAUCAUCCUCGGCGGCUUCAGCCAGGGCGGCGCCAUGUCCCUCUUCGCCGGCCUCACCUCCCCGCACCGCCUCGCCGGCGUCCUCGGCCUCAGCUGCUGGCUCGUCCUCAGCGGCCGCUUCGCCGACGAGAUCAAGCUGCCCGGCAAGGAUGCCAACGCCCGCACUCCCGUCCUCAUGGCCCACGGCACCGCCGACCCCGUCGUGCCCAUGGAGCUGGGCCGCAUGAGCGCCGACAUGCUUAAGGGGUUGGGCUACGAUGUCGAGCUGAAACUUUACCCGGGCCUCCCUCAUUCUGCUGCCUUGGAAGAGCUCGACGACAUCGAGGCCUGGCUCACCAGGAGGCUUCCUAAGCAGGGUUCCCAGUAAAACUGACCUGCCUGGGCUUUGCGUGAGCUGAUUUACGAGGCAUUGCACCUUGUUUCUCACAUGCAUAAGGCAACUGUCAUGUACCGACAUGGGCGUGUUGGACCUCAUUAGACUCUUUCUGCCACAUCUAAAGAUUCUCAACUAUCAUUCUCAAGCUAGUCAAAAAGAAGACGAAAAAAAAGAAAAGAACCCCCCCCCC